UCAGUAUGACCUGACGGGCAGAGAGGUUGGAGCUCGGCGGGGCCUGUACAUUCUGCCCGCCCACCUGGACACUAUGCAUCUAAAAACAAGCUCCUCAGACUUCUAUCGUAAUUACUCCUAAUAGGGGCCAUUAGGGUUUUCUUUCUCAGAUUUUAAGUUUGAGAAAUCCCUGAUGAGAUGUACCGUUCCCUGGAGUUUAUAUUAAUCGUAAUUUUUUCUUACUGCCUGGAUUCAUCGAGCACGGAGGAGUUAGAAGCUGGUACAUCUAACGUCAACACAAUAAUUAUGUUCUGCAUUGCUGGCGGCAUCCUGGUGGCCAUGCUUGUGGUGAUGAGUGUUGUCAUCUGUCUCUACUACAAAAUAGCCAACGCACUGAAAUGUUCAAAGGUGCCUUUUUGUAUGGCCUUAAAAAAUAAUUCACCCCUGGACAAGGUCGCAGCCGCAGCCAUCUCUGCUGGGUCUUAUCCCAACCUCCAAUGCUGUGACGAAUGUAGCUUGUAUGGCGACUUUGAUUCCCUGCCACCGUGCUUCUGUGACGUAAACGAGGGUCUCUGACUUAUGCACAGUAUUUCUUUCCUAGUAGAAUGUUUUAUUAUUCAAGUCAAGUUUUAUAAUGUUUACAUUAUGUAUUAUAUAAUAUAUGUACUUUUGAAUAAAUGCCAUAUUGAAAGCGA